UGCAACAACUAUGACUCAAGCCUUCACACAUUUCCCCUUUUAGUUUCCAUCAGUUGUUUUAGCAAUGAGAAAGGGUUCUAUUCUCCACUCUGCACUUUUGUGCUUCUGGGUUCCCUUGUUGCUCCUUGUCACCUUCACUUAUGCUACUUCUGCUUUCGCCACAACUCAAAUUUCAGGAAAUGAAGUGAACGAGAAUGGGAUAGUUGUGAAUGAAGAUUUAGAAAAAGUAAAUGCAGAAGGACAUGAUGAUGAAGAAUCAAAAUUCAAAGGAUUGUUUCCUAAACCAAUUCCAUUUGCUAAACCUAUUCCAAAG